AUGCAGCUGGCAGGCAAGCUUCCAACGCAUGUCGUUGCUGGAAAGGCGCCUGCCUUGAUGUAUUCCGACUACCAGCUGAAGAGGUUGAGCGCUCAGAGCAGAUGGGGGCUGGAGAUCGUGCAGCGCAUUGGCCUGCCGCUGCUGCUCCUCUGGGGUGGGGCCCGCUUCAUCAUGGGCGUCUCGCUGGUGUACUUGUUGCACUGCGUGACCCUGGAGUUGCUGCUCAAGGUUUUAACUAUCUUCACAGAUCCUGCUGGGGUGCAGCCGAAAGCCUCGGAGACAGCUCCAGAGCUUGUGGAUGAACAGAAAUCCUUGCCGCUGCGAGGAUGCAAGGCCGUCGCGGGUGAGCUCAGCCUGCCAAAGUUGCAGACACAGCCUUCCAAGAGGUCAUCGAAGGCUUCCAGUGAACCUCCAGCAGGGCAGCAGAUGGAGUAUGGAGGCAGCACUAGCAGCACUUCAAGGAGUUUCCUGCACUUGGGCCGGAAGCCAAAGGAGGAGACGGCUCUCGGCAUUGUCGAGGAUGAAGCGUGGCUUCAGAGGCGGCGAUGUCUCCGAGAGGGUGCCGAAGUUCAUCGGCAAGUGAGACAGUAUGUUCAGCAAAAGGUUCGACCUGGAAUGGAGCUUUUGGAGAUCGCAGAGAUGGUCGAGCAGGCCUCCUCCAGCCUCGUCGGCUUCGACCCGCGGAAUCCUCUCAGGCGGGGCUGGGCCUUUCCGACCGGAUUGUCCCUGAACGAAGUCGCCGCACAUGACACCGUGAACCCCGGCGAUCCGGCUCGCUGGCUUCAGCCGGCGGACAUCCUCAAGAUAGACUUCGGUGUCCACGUGCAAGGGAACAUACUUGACAGCGCUUUCUCCGUCAGCUUCGAUCCCAUGCAUGAUGAGCUCAUGCGCACGGUGCAAGAAGCCACGGAGACUGGCAUUAGGAAUGCUGGCCCGGAUGCGUGGAUUUCGGAGAUCAGCAGCCAGAUCCGUGAGGUGAUGGAGUCAGGGGAGGUGCAUCGGCCCGAUGGUAAGGUCUUUCGAGUCAAGGUCAUCAAGAACUUGACGGGCCACUUAAUCGGACCCUACAAAAUCCAUGCCGGGAAGUCUCUCCCAUCCGUGAACACCGGUGGCAGGGAGCGCAUGCUCGCUGGAGAGCUCUGGGCAGUUGAGACGUUUGGCUCGGUGGGCGGGCUCGGAUACGUGGGCAACGGAGGCAACUGCUCGCACUUCAUGCGCUCGUCGGGCUCCGCGCCGGCGCAGUGGCAGAGGUCCAUUCUGAGUUCCAGUGCUGUGAACCUGUUGGAUCUCAUAGAUCAACGCUUCGGCACUCUGGCCUUUUGCCCACGGUGGAUUCUACAGGCCACUCAGCAGAAGAAGCCCAAGACGGCGACUUCCGACCAGCGCUGGUGGGCGUCGCCACUCGACGAGCUCUGCAACGUCGGCGUGGUCAACAGGUUCCCACCUCUGGCAGACCUACGUGGUUCCUACACGGCACAGUACGAGCAUACCAUCUUGCUUGGCAGCUCCCACAAGGAAGUGCUGACGCGGGGUGACGACUACUGA